AAGCCCAUAUUUGUCUUACCAUAGACCUCAGCAAGUCUGACUUCCAGUCCAAAGCCUAAAAGAUACUGAGCUCCCUUAUGAUUAGUUACUGAGAGCCCUCCUUUACCUCACAGCCGUGCUGACCUAUUUGACCUGAGCAAAGACCAAGAGAUGAACCUUGCCUAUGUUUCUUCUGUUCCUCAUGGAGGCAUUGAACAAGUUCGAAUUCACUGGUUACUGGAAUUAGUUGCUCUCAGAGUGGUGAAUGGGAAACUUCACUACAAUUUUACUGCCUUGGAUAACCUUAUGGAUCGCUUGUGGGAAAAUAAGCUAAUUCCAGGAUUUGAAUUGAUGGGGAAUCCGUCAGGACUUUUUUUAGAUUUUGAAGAUAAACAACAGGUAGUAAGAUGGAGAAACUUAAUUACACUUCUGGCCAGCAGAUACAUAGAUAGGUAUGGAUUGGAGCAUGUUGCUAAAUGGAAUUUUGAAACGUGGAAUGAACCAGACCACCAUGACUUUGACAAUGUGUCUAUGACAGUGAAAGGGUUUCUCAACUAUUAUGAUGCUUGCUCAGAAGGAUUAAGAGCAGCCAGUCCUCUACUAAAAUUUGGAGGGCCUGGGGAUUCCUUCCACCCCUUACCCAAGUCACCCAUAUGCUGGAGUCUUCUAUGUCAUUGCUACAAUGGAACCAACUUCUUCACAGGGGAGGUUGGUGUAAGGCUGGACUACAUCUCUCUCCAUAAGAAGGGAGGUGGGAGUUCUCUCUACAUCUUGCAACAAGAAAUAGAAACAGUUGAACAAAUUCAGAAGCUGUUUCCAAAUUUUGCUUCUGUUGCCAUAUACAAUGAUGAAGCAGAUCCAAUGGUUGGAUGGUCCAUUCCACAACUGUGGCGAGCUGAUGUGACCUAUGCAGCUAUGGUUGUAAAGGUAAUCGUCCAGCAUCAAAACCUGCUUAUUUCCAAAGCCAACAACACCAUCAACUACACACUGCUGAGUAAUGACAAUGCCUUCUUGAGCUACUACCCCCAUUACUUCACACAGCGGACGCUGACAGCACGUUUUCAGAUGAACAAUACAAAGCCACCUCAUGUCCAGAUGGUGCGGAAACCAGUGCUGACUGUCAUGGGCUUGCUGGCAUUGCUAGGAGAAAAGCAGAUUUUUGCAGAAGUGAACAGCAGUGAAGGCGAAAGCCCUCAAAAUAGCACAAUUGGUGUCCUGGCAUCUGUGCACACCCCGAACGAGAUGCAACCUUCAGACAGUUGGCAAGCUACUCUACUGAUGUAUUCAAGUGAGGAUAACAGGACUUCAUCCAACAUCAGCACUGUCACAGUGAAUGCCACGCACUUCCCCAAACUUAGAGAGCUGGUGUAUAUGAUGUAUUACCUGGAUAACAACCAAACCAAUCCCUUCCUGAAGUGGAAAAAGCUAGGAAGCCCUGACUUUCCUUCUGCAGAACAGUUCCAGCAGAUAAGGGAUGCUGAGGACCCAGUGGCAACAGGCCCAUUCCCAUUUCCUGAAGGUGGCAUCCUGACACUGAAGCAAGACUUCCCCAUUCCUUCAGUCUUUCUUAUCCACAUCUGUGCAAGACCCAGAUCUGUUCCUGAUCAAGUGACCGGUGUUCGUUUGAUCCCUCUCACAAAGGGGCAGGUCAUUGUGUUGUGGGAUGAUAGCUGCGUAAAUUCAAAAUGUAUAAAGACAUUUGAAGUGGAGUUCUCACCAGAUGGAGAAACGUACCAGCGGAUUAAUGCCAAAGACACAAUAUUCACUCUCUGGGUCUACAGUCCAGGAAGCUCAGUCUCCGGUUUCUACAGAGUGCGUGCCAUUGACUACUGGGGGAAGGCAGGCCUGUCCUCUCUUCCUGUGGAGUAUGUUGAAGCUUUCAAGUGAUUUUGAAGAGUGGUGCCUGGCUUGGUGACUGAGUGGUGUAUCCUCCCUGCAAAUGACAACUCCCCAGAAAAAUAAACUCCUCCCAGGCUGAGGAGGGAGUAUCGAAAGGACCUGAUGAAGCAAAUUAGGAAUGCAAGUUGGAAGCAACUGCCCCUAUUAACUCUUCAGAGCUCAAAAGACAGCGUUAUCAAACAGCCACAACUGACAACCCAAGUGGUACAAUUGCAAAAGGCUGCCAUAGGACUCAUGGGAUUCAGCUUGAUAACUAGGAUUUAUGGGAAUAAAUAUUUAUUAUUCCCUAUUUUACACUGAAUUAGUGGCCAGGACAACCACAGAUUGUUGCAGCAGGAACAGGACCAUCACUUCACUGUAUGUAUGGGUGAGGAUGGAAGCAAAGGCACGAGGAAGACCUGUGCCAAAGGAGUAAAUUACCUGCCUAAGCUGCCCAGCUAUCUUGGCAUAAUGGUUUGAUGGAAAAGCACACAGCAACCAGACGUGUCCAGAGCAUGAAGUGAAGGAUCCCUGCUUCCCCACUGGUUAGUUACACAUGCUCCAGUGGGUUAUUUCAAAGCACUGGCCAUGUCUUCAGAUGUAUGAGGUUCUGCACCCUCUCACAGAUGGGUUUCCACCCAGCUCCCUCUGCAUUUGUGGCUGUUAUUUGGAUGGCAGAGCUAUUCCCCUCACACAGGCAGAGGAAGGGGUAGCAGGUCAUCCUCGAAGGGAAAAAAGGCACAGGAAGAUUUAGCCUCCAGACUUCCCUGCCUUUUCUGCUUUCUGCUUUUGCCCAAGUCACCUGUUUGCACCAUGACUGUCAGCUGCCACAUCUUUGUGUUGGAGGCUCUAACCCUGAAAGCCCCGUUCUCUCUGUUGCUGUCACCUAGCCUUCUACAGCCCUUACAGCUAAUGUAUCUCCUAGCAUGCCUCCCCCCUCGGACUGUAAGUGAUGAUCUGGGGUUUGGCUUUGGGUGAAAGCUGAAAUGCUAGUUAGAGCCUUUUGUGCUUCCAUAUUACAGGAGAGCACACUCUUGAAUGUAACAGAGCUGCUACUGACAACCAGUUAGGAAAUUAACCAAGACCAGUUUGAGCUGCUGUGCUGUGCAAAGCAUGUGCACAAGCGUGUGGUAGCCCCAGAUCAUGGGCCACAGAACACCUCUGGCUGUCCUUGCAGCUGCCAAACACUUUAUGUAACAGCAAAGUUCCCUGAAAUUGCAGGGGUGUUUUUUUACUCUCCUCUUUUCACAACUGGCACAGUUUGAACUGUGCCUUUAAAAUGCUUGUAGAGGGAAGGAUAAUGCCAGUGAAAACAGCUGGAGUGUUUUCCAUAAGAGGAGCAACUUUGUCGCACAAACAAAUCCCCUACUGCUCUCUUUGCUGACAUCAGCCACCUCACCAGCAUAACAACAAAGACUGCAUAUUUGAUGAAACAUUCAGGUCUCAGGCAAAAAACCCCCAGUUUGCACAGUAGGAGAGAACUGAACUACCUCAAAUGGCCUCACUUCCACAGCACAUAAAAGAAACAUACACAAAGCAUCAGUAUAGAAUAUGCAGUUAAAUAAAAUCUAGCCAUUAAGACAUACUGUUCUGCCAGCAUGAAGUGGGACCACAGAAAAAAUUACUUUUAGAAACUUUCAAGUAUAGGUCCUUGAGAGAUUUCAGUGCAUCUGAAGCAGGGGAAGAUAACAGGAGCUUGAGAGGACAGUUUACCCUCUUAGGAUGUCCUAUUUGAGUAGUCUUCUGCUUCAAAAUUUUCCCACACUGGCGAUGGGAAUAUAGCAGUCUUUAUCAAACCAAGGACCAUGCAGGUGUCUGAAAAAAAAAAA